UCUUGUUGAUCAUCAGUAGCCGACGAAAAGACACGUGAUUCUAAAUAUAGCACAUAAAUACAGAAGUGAAUUCUUUUAAAACAAAAUAUAAGAAAAAGAAGAAAACUGCACAUUUUUUUGCGAAAACUCCCGCUGUGUUUCCAACACAUUUUUUUCAUCCGUUUAAUUUGCAUUAGCAUCCAGAAGCACUUCUCGCGUAUCACAGCGCUUCAGUCGGUGCCUGCAAAUACGCUAAGUGUGCCUAUAACAAAGUUUGCAGCGCACUCCGUCACAUGCGUUCCAGAGAGUAAAAUGCAAUAAAGGCUGCGCUCUGUUUCUGUCCGUGUUGAAUUUUUGGAUAAAUUAUUACAAUGGAUACUCAGCGUAUGCUCUGUAAAGUCUUCACUCGGCUCACAGUAAAUUUCUCAGCCGUGACGACAUUGGGCGUAUUUAAAAAUAUCUUCUGUAUUGUAUUUUAUUGUGGCAAACGUGUCACCUACGUAGCGGGUAUUUGUGACGAUUGUAUCUGCGGUGAUUUAGCUGGUGAAAGGUAUAAAGAAGGAAUAUCCCAUCAAGACAGUGUAGCAUCCUUAGAGCAAUAUUGUACAUACCAGAGAGCUGCAACGGGUGUGCUCGAGCCUAUUCAACCACACCAACAAAAAUUUGGUAUAACUCAAUCACAGCACUGUGUUGGAUCGAGUGGCACACAAGCAACGAAUCUGUUGGAAACAAUUAUUCACGAGACUUAA